AUGGCCACCGACCCGAUGUGGACCCCGACCCGUGAGAUUGCUACGCCGGAACACCUCGACCGUCUGCUCAGCACGUUCGAGUCCAUCCGCGAGGACGGCGGUGACAACGUGGCAAAGGCGCGGACGUGGCUCAACGCGCAGCAGCGCGCGGUGGCGGCGUGGCUGCGCAAGCAGCAGCUCAACGCGACCGCUCCGCCGCUCCGCCGGCUUGACGUCUCUCACAGCUGUGUGUCGCACCUGCUGUGCGGCGGUGACGGGUUCGCCGAGCUGCUGCUGCACUGCGAGCAGUCGCUCGACGAGCGUGCGGUCGUGCGGCUGCUACCGCAGCUGUGCGACGUGCUCGUCCUCGGCGUGGGCUCGCUCGCACCGUCCGACCGGGUCCUGCUGCGCCGCUUCCUCCUCGCGCGCUGCGUCGGCCGCGAGCCGGCCCUCCUCCCCUCCGAGGCCGUCGCCAUCUCAACCAACGCCCACUGCCCCGUGAUUCUGCACCUUCCCGUCUUGCUGCCGCUGCCCGCGACGGCGCCCCCGCGCACAUCCGCAAAGGCCGACAAAGAGGCGGUGGAGGCGUGGAUCCGGCGGCUGCAGGACAAGGCGGAGGCGCUCAGCGCGUUGGGCGAGCGAGGCGACGCCUUGAUGAAGAAUGGCUGGUGA